ACACGCCUUCGUUGCCUGUAAUUGUAAACAACGCAAAAGGAUAUGAGGACUCCAAUUAAGCGCUCAAACUUUAUCCACAACUUGUUCUGAGUGAGAGUUUUCAGCGGAAGAAGAAGAAAAACUAACAAUGGCCUGUGCAGCCAUGGCCACGGCGGUUCCAUUUGGUCUGAGAUAUUCCCCAUCAUGCUCUUUCAUGGCUCAGCUCUCUCGCGGCUCAGUUCAACUCGCUCAAUUCAAUAGGCCCAACUCGUUGAGACUCAGUUCCUCACAUAGCAUUUCUGGGUUGGCCUCGCUUCUUCCUCACAGGCUCUGCACUAUUGCUUCAAGCCCUCUUAGGCCUCUUUCUCUCACCAUCGUCUCUGCUAAAGGCUACAAAAUGAAGACCCACAAGGCUUCGGCACAGCGCGUCAGGGUGACAGGUAGAGGCAAAAUAGUUCGCAUGAGCCGGAGGAGAGCUGGAAAGCAACAUUUACUUGUAAAGAAGAAUGCCAAGAGGAGAACUCGACUAUCCAAAAUGCAUGAGGUGAGUCGAAGUGACUAUAACAAUGUGAUUGGAGCCUUGCCAUAUCUGAAAGUAAAUAGAAAGGCAGAGUAGAGGUGAUCUUUAAACGUGAAAGCAGAAGGCGUUUCUGACAUGCACACCUGUAUUUCUCACAUCUUUGUGAAAGAAAGUGCUUGAUUAAUUUCAAUGAUUUUUUGUUUUUUUUGUUUUGGUUUCCUAGUCAAUUGAGGGUGGUUGGUAUUACAUUUACCUACACUGGAAUUUCUAAUGUACGGAUAUAUAUAAUGUCAGCACUUAUUGUCCAUCAGUUUCCUCUUUCAGAAGAUGCUUGAACUUGAGUAUGCUAGAAACUGCAGGCAAUAAUGGUAACAUUUUAUGAUGUAUUUUAUUUGAGGGCUAACGACGAAACA